CUCCUCUUCAUAACUGGCACUGCAGAGGGAAAGCGGACAUUUCCCCGAGCUCAGAGUGCAGGUGGCCGUCAUGUGGAAUCUGUUGUCUCCGUCAUUGCUUUUCCUGCUGCUUGGCCUGCUGCGGCCUUGCAACGCCGAAGGAACCCCGCUCACUCAGUGGUGCAGCCCACUUGCAGAUGGUACCAUCUACAAAUACCAGGCCAAGCCCUUGAAUGGCAGUCGUACUGUUAACUUCAGUCACUUUGCGGGAAGGACUGUCCUCUUCGUCAACGUGGCCACAUACUGAGGUUAUACCCCUCAGUAUUGGGAGCUGAAUGCACUUCAGGAGGAGAUGAAUGUUCACGGACUUACUAUUCUCGGCUUCCCAUGCAAUCAGUUUGGCAAGCAGGAACCGGGGAAUAACAGUGAAAUCCUGGCAACCUUAAAGCAUGUCAGACCUGGCAACAACUUUGUUCCAAACUUCCUGUUGUUUGAGAAAGGUGAUGUGAAUGGGAAAGACGAGCAAGGGGUUUAUACCUUCCUCAAGAGUUCCUGUCCUCCAGUAUCAGACAACUUCGGUAACCCCACCAACAGACUAUUCUGGGAUCCGUUGAAAGUCAGCGACAUCAAGUGGAACUUUGAAAAGUUCCUGGUGGGCCCGGACGGAAAACCCAUCAUGAGAUGGUAUCCGUCCGUCAGUGUUUCCGAGGUGCGAGCUGAUAUACGCAAAUACCUGUUCGAGCGUUACACAGAGGAGGUUUUCAAUUAGAUUGUCCUGCCAAACCAUUUUCACAAGUUGUAAAGUUGACGUAAAUCUAGCAGUUCCUCUAAUUUCUGAAGGUAGCAUGUUGAAUGAAGAAGAGGUUUGAAAACAGAAAGUCUGCGGAGCCUCUUUGGAGUCUGAGAUUCAAGGCUAGCUUUUUGGUGCAUUCAAGCUGUCUUGCUAUCCCACAGUAUCAUGAUAUUUUCGCAAACGGGGACCUGCUGGCAUUUACAGCUUCAAUGUCAAGAACUUGUAAUAAACCAAUGACAACUGCA